CCCAAUUUGUUGUGCAAAACAGGUACACUAUAUCGACCAAUCUUGGCCUGUUUCUGUAAUAACACACACAGCACCCGCAACACAACAAGGGAAAUACAAGGGAAUGGCCAGCGUGUUUGGUGGACCUUAACAAUUAGAAAAAGAAGCGAAGGGCUAUAUUAAGGUUCAUUUACCUUCAACAUAGCCCAGGACUUCUUGCCGUUCGUCCUGUGUCUUAAUAGCCUAUAAGCGAAUCCUCAUACAACCUUACUUAUUUAAUUCAGAUUUAAAAAUAUUUGGAAAAGAUGAUAAAGUAAACAUUGCAUGAGUUAUAAUCUUGCCCACGUACGUGCAACAUGUCGCUCGUUCUUCUAGCCCUGACUGACCGAUUAUGAGGUCGUACAAUGUUGUUGUUUGUUUGGUAUUUCUAGGGAAUUUUAUAUUCUCCGGUUUCAAAGCUGAGAAAGAUGUCGAUUCUGAGCUGCUUCUGAAAGAGAGUGGUUUGUCAGAGAGCGAGCUUGAUAAGCAGCUAGAGGAUGACUUCUCCCCUGCCCUUUUAUACGAAGAUCAACAGCACAACGACGAAAACGACACUCACCAUGAUACUUCAAGUGACGUCACCAAAGGUAGAUGUAGUGUUCACAGCUUACCCAAGUCAUGCACCUUCACUCCUAGCUGCUGCACUGUCACGUGUCCUGUCACGCAGCGAAGCAAAAAGGGUACAGCGCAGUUCAUCCUGCCAAUGUGCGGCCCCCCUGUGGUGCACGCCGUCGUGACUAUCCCCAGCUUGGAGCUGAACAAGACGUAUACGUACAGGCCUGGUCCCCAGGCCGAAAUCGUACGAAUGCCGGAGUUUGAGUACGAGUUUGGUCACGUGUUCAAUAAGUUGUCUGUGAUGACUACGAUGGUUGAGGACAGCGGCAAGUUGCGCUUUAAGGUGAUGACCAAGACGCAAGGCAGCGUAUCAGGAUUCACAAAGUACGAGUUCAACACGACAAUGUUUACAGCGAUUACCGCGAUGCCUUCCAAGACAUGCUCCAAAUCGAAACCUGGUUGCACGGCCCCUCCCAAAGUACCGGCUAAAGUAACAAGUGGACCACGCCACUGCUUAGGCCUAACCAUCCCUGGGGGACUCUGCCGCAUCAGCGCUGAUUGCCUCAAGAUCACCUGUUCACUCAAGUUCGCCGGCCAAAAUCUGUCGGCCUCCUUUAGCCUCAACAAAUGUGACAAGCCUGUAACGCUCGGUAUGCAUGUCAAGGUGCCCGGGCUUAAGCUUGAUUGGUCCAAGAAGCACAAGCCUGAAGCUGCUAUCCCAAUCCCUCAGUUUGCUUAUAGUAUUGGUAUGGCCGAGGGGGGCGUGUUUGUCAGUCUAGGGGUCGCUUCUCAAAAGGGCAAGCUGGCAUUAACGAUUCGAAUGAUGGUUGGUGUCAAAAUUAGAAUUUUGUGGAAAAUGGUUAAAAAAUUCCCGAUUAAUUUGAAACUGUUGCAGCUUAAGCUGCCAAUAGCUGCCGACUGCGGAAAGAGAUUUGACAACACUUUUACAGCGACACUAACAUCAGCACUGCCGACAAUUUUGCCAACAACAGCGUUACCGACCUUGUCAUCCGCCGAGCUACCAGCCGAUCAUGUGGCCGACAACGAUAUAACUCGUGAGAACUCAACUAGCCACCGUGUAAGCACUAUGUCACCAGAAGUACCAGGACGCAUCUAUGACGAUACAAAUAACGGAGAUGAAAUGAUACGAGAUAAAGACACAAGACCACGAGGUGAUAUUGAUCACGGCCCACGUGGAGGGAUCGACACAAGACCACAAGGAGAUAACGAUCAGAGCCCACGAGGAGAUAUCGACACAAGACCACGAGGAGAUAACGAUCACAGCUCACAAGGAGGUAUCGACACAAGACCACAAGGAGAUGACGAUCAGAGCCCACGAGGAGGUAUCGACACAAGACCACAAGGAGAUAACGAUCAGAGCCCACGAGGAGGUACCGACACAAGACCACGAGGAGAUAACGAUCACAGCUCACAAGGAGGUAUCGGCACAAGACCACAAGGAGAUAACGAUCAGAGCCCACGAGGAGGUAUCGACACAAGACCACGAGGAGAUAACGAUCACAGCUCACAAGGAGGUAUCGGCACAAGACCACGAGGAGAUAACGAUCACAGCUCACAAGGAGAUAUCGACACACGACGGCACAUGACACAGCACGAGCAGUAGCGGAUCUAGGGGGAGGGUUUAAGGGGUUUACCCCCCACCCCUUUGGGCUGCCAGAAAGCCAUAUGUAACUGAGCCACCACCCCCCCCCCCCCCUUUAGCGAAAAGCUAGAUCCGCCCCUGACGAGGGCUCAGAGCAUAUACCAAGCAGAUAGAGGCCGCCGAUAGAGGAAUUCCGUUAAAACCAAAAGGACGAAUGUCUGAUAAGUUUAACGGCGUGCCCCUGGAUUACUCGAGUAGUGAAGUCAAUCCACUGUGGCAAGCUACACUGGAAAGCGUGUAGUCACCUGUAGUAAAUCAUCUCCAAACUACUGGUUGUGUCACCCUCAAUGUGUUCUCUUGAUCAGUUCAUGCCACUGACGCUAGCAGCUUAUAGCUGAGAGGAUAAAAUAAGCUACUGGUGUGUCGCCCCAAAUAUCUUGGGAAAGUCUUCUCUUAACAUGCUAAAGCCAGUGACCAUUAUUAGUGAAGCUAUUAGGUGAGAGGAUAAGACAUAGCCUGCUUUGCAAGCACACAGGGCCGGGGAAGAUGAGCGAUAUACUCCAUGCGCCUGGAGAGAAGAAUGAAGCCUCACCCUAGCAUGGCGCCUCAUCUCCGUAUUUUCUCUUUUUACCCAACCCUUUGGGCUUGCUACGUAGGCUAGAUAAGACAAAGUACUGGUUUGUCGCACCCAAUAUACUCUCUUGAUCAGCUCAUGCCAUUGCAUUGACAGCUAUAAUUGAAGCUUAUAGCUUAGAGGAUGAGACAAGGAUUCAUAGGGUUUUUUGUAUAAACUUACUCGAGACUUUAUGGGUGUGGCACUUUUAAAGUAACUAAAUAUUUUCUACAAAAUGGUCUUGAAAUGUGAUUUAAACAAUCUUAAUCAUUUUAUUCUUAAUUUAAUAAGUAAUGCAACCUCAUUCCCAGGGUUUUCCUGUUACUUGGGCAUUUCACCGUGACUCAAAUAACAAUAAAGGGAGUGACCUGGGAACGAGGUUGUAAGUACUUUCGGACAUGAAAUCACACGUCCAAGAACAUGCCGAGGCUCAGAUAACAGCAAUAUUGUUUUGUUUCUGUGAUACAUUCUAAAAUGUAGAAUCAAAUUCAUUGGGUUAUCCUUUUUUUAAACUGUAAUUUUAAAACAUUUUCAGGCUUUAAAAGAACCCCAGCCUAAUUAUACUAGAUAUAUUUAGGCACUGCCUAAAGCGGAGCACCACACUUAUUGUUCUUAUCCAUAAUGGUGAACAAUUGUAUCUGUGAUAGAUAGACAGCUUACUUCAAAAUUAUUGCAUAGCGCAAUUUACAUCGAGUAAAUUGAACACAAAAAUUUUAAAUAAAUAAACAGAUAAUACGAUUUAUGGAAAUAGUGCGCUUUACAAAAUAUGAUCGUAUGACAUAUAGAUUCUCUAAAUUCAAAACAGUCUUCAGGCCAUUGGACACAAUGUUUGUAGCUUCCAUAGUACAUAUUGUACAGUAUCACCCAACCCAGGUUUGAGAAAUCGCUUGGAUUUCAAAAAUACCAAAAUGUUAGGUUUGAACAUUCCUUGUCAUUUCAAAACUAUUAAACAAGCUUCUGAUAAUGAUGGGUUUGUUCCUUUUUGAUCACCAAGCAUGUUUGCUGAAUGAUGUAUUGUUUUCGAAAAAUUUAUAAAUAUAAUUUAUAGGCUACUUUUAAUUAUUUUUCAAUGGACCAAGAUUUUACUAAAGGUUAUGGGGUCGAAAUUAUUUUUCGAAUGUAGGUGUAUAAACCGCAAAGAGAUUUCUCAACGUGGAAAAGUUUAUAAUAGAUUGAAUGUUUUGUCGUAAAAAUGAAUUUCGAUAGAAGUUAUAGCUGUCAAACACUAUUGAACUCGAUCAAUCUUAUUGGGUUUCGAAAUAAGAUAUUAAAAGCUUAAAAUCAAGGUACCUGAA